CUACCUUCGAUCAAUGUCCAAACAGCCCCUCAAAACGCCCAUUCAAUAUAAACACUUUGGAGUAUUGGACAAUGCAGCCAAAAGUCUCCAAAUCUUGCAACGAGUGCAAGUCUCGCAAGGUGCGGUGUGUGAAAGUCCCACACUCGCACAUUCCUCUCUGCCAGCAUUGCAAAAAUCGAGGUCUUCUCUGCCAUUUUGGGAUUAAAAAGAGACGAGCUAAGUGGCAGGAGCCUAGAAUCACUGGAAACACUGCAGCCACACGAUCCACAAUGCCAUCCUCAACAUAUGACAGUGUGGCAACCUUAACGGCGGGAGGCAACACGAUAGAACAUGGAGAUCAACAGCAAGCAAGUCCGUCUUCGGCGAAUAUGUUCAUAGAUCUUCUUCUAAACGAGCGAAGUACGCCGGGAGGAGGUCAAGGGAUCAGCUCACCACCGAAGGUUCAUAAUAAGCUGGUUGGAAGCUCUGGAAUAGCAAUGUUUUCCGAAUGGAGAUUGGCGUCCAUCUCCAGUAAACUAGGACACGAGAGAUUCAGUGAUGUCCUGGAAACGUUUUCAAAGGCUAUAAAUACCAGGAUGAGUCAGAAUACUCGUCCUGAGUCUACUCGAAUACGGCUCAAGUCCCCGGCAACUCCGGUCCUAAUCUCGCAUGAGUGUGCCAGAAGAUAUGUCACUGCCUUUUUCGAUCAUCUUCACCGGGUCUACCCAUUCCUGGACCGGGGAGAAUUUGAAGAAAAAGCAUUUAACAAUGAUUUAUUUCAAACUCUUCAAGACAAGCCCCCAUUUUCAGCCCUUUAUCACACAAUUCUCGCUUUGGGAUGCCAAUAUCAUGGAGGUGGUUCAUUCGAACCAGGUGUGGGAUCAGCAUGGCAGCUUUUUCAAGUCGCAUUAGGGUUGUUUCCAGAUAUGAUAAUUCCGAAAGAAACACUGCUUUGCGUGCAAGCUGUAACUGCAAUGGCUAUAUUUGCCCACAAUUCGUCAUGUGUGCAGCUGGGCAACAUGUUAACUGCUGAGGCAGCAAGAAUGGCACAAUCAAUCGGUCUCAACAGAGCUAUCUAUGGCCACGAAAAUAUAGAGAGUUGCCGUCGGACUUUUUGGACGAUAUAUAUCCUGGAAAAGACGCUCUGUUUUCGAUGUGACAGGGACUCUCAACUGACUUCGGAUUCAGAUUAUAGUAGAUGCUGCCAUAGCCACACCGGCUCCCAACCCCCCGAGGCCCAGAUUGGGGAAUUCAAUUGGUUUUAUGCAAUGUGUCGUUUCAGCCGGUUGAUUUCUCGGAUAUCCGUCGCUCUUUUCUCCAUCAACACCGCUCUGAGUUCCGCUGCUUCAAUUCAAGCAGACAUUGCUGCAUUCAGAGCUGAGCUAGAGGCUUGGAAGGCAUCUAUAGCUGAGGAAUGCCGACCUGAUAGUCCGUUCCAGGGAUUAGCUCCGUUCGGUCCUACCCCGUUGGCUGUUAAAUUACAGAUCCACUAUCACUAUUACAGCAUUGUCAUUGCAUUGGCUCGGUUGGAACUAAACCUUAGCUCUAGGGGGGUUUCCUCUUGUCCGGCAAUAGAAAACGAGCUAAAGCUCUUGAACUCCGCCUGGAAAAUCAUUGAGCUGACGAAGUAUAUUGACACCGACACGUACACGCCAAUCUGGGUCUUACUGUCCGUGCCUGUCUCGGCCUUGUUUCUGAUCUUUGACUUCAUUAUACACAAUCCAACCCACUCAGAAUCUAUACAUAACCUCCCUCUCCUUGGGGUCGCGGUCGGGUAUUUCUGUCGCUUAGAUUAUGUUUCCGGGGGCACACUGAAACUCUCCUUCUUAACCGAUAUAUUCCAGAUUGCUCAGACGUACGUUCGAAACUCGGGACUGCGGCAGGAGGCUGAAGGAAAUGAUGCCAUUCACCCUUCACAAUCUCAAGAUCUACCUGAUCGGUCGGUGCACACAUCUGAGGGCCUUUCUACACCAUUUAUCCCAGGAAAAUAUCGCUUCGAUGAGCCAGAUCUUUGGAGAGAAUCAGUCUUCCGAAAGCUAUGA